AUGCUUUUAAAAUUCGUUUUCCUUGAUUUAUUUUUCUGUUUCUUUUUUCCUUUUUCUUUUUCAUUUAUUUCCACUCAUGUUUCUUCCUUUAUUUUUUGUUUCUUUUUUGUUUCUUUUAAUUUUUCUUAUCUUUUCUCUCAUUCUUUUUUAUUUUUCUGUUUCUUUUUUCUUUUCUUUUACAUUUUUCUCCUUUCUCUCUUUCUUCUUUCUUUUAAUGUUUCUUUUUUCUAUUCUUGUCUUUUCACGCUUUCUUCUUUUUCUGUUUCUUUUUUCAUUUCUUUUCUUUUCUUGUCUUUUCUCUCUUUCUUCUUUCUUUUUCUGUUUUCUUUUCCUCUUUAUUUUUCUGUUUCUAUUUCUUUUCUCUCUUUCUUCUUUUUCUGUUUCUUUUUCCUUUUCUUUUCUUUUCUUUUCUUUUCUCUCUUUCUUCUUUCUUUUUCCGUUUCUUUUUAUUCUUUCUUUUUCUGUUUCUUUUUUCUUUUCUUUUCUCUCUUUCUUCUUUCUUUUUCCCUUUCUUUUUAUUCUUUCUUUUUCUGUUUCUUUUUUCUUUUCUCUCUUUCUCCUUUUUCUGUUUCUUUUUUCUUUUCUUUUCUUUUCUCUCAUGCCUUUUUCUUUAUCUAUUUUUCUUUCUUUUUCCUUUCUUUCAACCCUUUAUCUUUUCGUCUUAUUUCUUUUCCCUUCCUUUUCUAA